UGAUUACAGAUAAUUUGUGUGUGGGAAUUGAGAUAUUGUAUUAUUUGUAAGAAUUGUAACUUGACAAUAUUAUUGUCAGUACUCAGUACUUAGUAAUUGUGUAUGCUAUAUACUAUUAUAAAAUGUUCUAGGUGUAUUUUAUGUAUAGCUUUUAUACUUGGAUUUCCAAUGGCUUGGAGAUGUCACGGAGCAGACAAUUUUGAGCUUUUGCGGAAUUUGAAAAUAAACCAAAUCAUAACAAGUCCCGAGGUUUAUAAUGCAAUGAGAACAGUAGAUCGGCAAUAUUAUGUAUCUCAAGCACCAUACAGGGAUGAACCACAGGCUAUAGGUUAUGGAGCUACUAUUAGUGCACCUCAUAUGCAUGCAUAUGCGUUGGAACUUUUAAAAGAACACCUAAAAAAUGGGGAACGAGCUUUGGAUGUUGGUUCGGGAUCUGGAUAUUUAACUGCUUGCAUGGCAUUUAUGGUAGGAGAAAAUGGUAAAGCCGUAGGAGUUGAUCAUGUACAUGAGCUUAUUGAAAUAGCUCAAGCAAAUAUAAAAAAGGGUAACCCAGAGUUACUAAAGCGUAUUAUUUUAGAACGGGGAGAUGGACGAUUUGGUGCAAAAAACUAUGCACCAUAUAAUGCAAUACAUGUUGGAGCAGCUUCUCCAGAAAUUCCAAAAGCAUUGAUUGAUCAAUUAAAACCAGGAGGAAGACUAGUGGUGCCUGUGGGACCUCCUAAAGACACUCAAACCUUGACAGUGGUUGAUAAAAAUUUAGAAGGAGUAACUUCUUUUGUAAAACUUAUGGAUGUUGUUUACGUUCCUCUUACUGAUGAAAAGACACAAUGGACUAAAUAAGAUGUAGUAUGAUGCACAAAGUCACCUUUUAUUUUGGGAAUGUUUAAGCACCAGUUCGAAUGUAUAGACUUCAAAACUACAAUAGUUGUAUAUGCAAUUAUUUGUGUACAUAUAGACAUUUUUUCCAUAAUAAUAAUUAACUCAAUUAUUGAGAAACAUCACAACACUUCUGAGAUUUACAUCAGUGUUU